AUGGAUAUAUUUAAUUUAAAUACUGAUCCAUUUGAAUUUAUUGAAAAUGAAGGUCAUUUAUUUUGUCAAGAAACUAUUAAUGAUUUUAAUUUUGAUGAUGAAUUAAAUGAUAUUCUAUUAACUAAAUCAUCUUAUUCUCAACAAAUACAAUUAUCACCAUUACGUCCAAUUGAUUUACCAUCACAUAGAAAACAUUAUGGUCUUCUUACAUUUUAUCAAUAUCGUAUUCCAAUACUUUUUCGUUUAUCAACUAAUCAUUAUAUUCCAUAUAUUCGAUUUUCAUAUGCAUUAAAUGUACUUGAUCAACAUCAAUCAAAUCGUAUAAGUCCUAUAUUAGAUAUGGUAAAAAAUUUACCUAUUCUUGAAAUGACAUCAAAUGAACUUGCUUAUUAUGAUCGACUUAUUAAUUCUUUAUCAUCAACUAUUGAUAUUAUACCAGAAAAUCAUUCCGAAUGGUCAAAUAGAUUAUUAAGUGUUGCUUUACUUGAUUGUCUUCUUGGUAUACUUGAUUGUUCGACAUCAUUUUUUCAAACAAAUAAUUUCAAUACACAAAAAUGGGAACAAAUUCUUCAUACAAUGAGACAAGAAGUUAAAUCACGAUGGACAAUUGAAGAAAAAUUAGUUUUAAAUCAAAUAGAAAAACAAAAUCGACAAUCAACGAAUGAAUCGAAUUCAUUAUGUUUUUCAUCAACAAAUAUUGCACAACGACGAUUAUUUUUCGAAAAACGUCUUGAUCUAUCCAUUGUUGAAGAAUCUGGUGGUUUUAUUCAAAUUGAUUCAUUUAUUUUUCCAUAUAUUAAAUGUUUCAAUGAUAAGAAAAUCUAUAUAAAUUUAAAUGAUAUUCAUAGUCGUUAUCAUCAAUAUUUACUUUUAGCAUCAUCAUGCAUCCGUUGUUUUUCGUCAGAUUCAUCUAUAGCUCAUGCUUAUAAUAUUAUAAGUGAACAAGCACGAGAAAAUUUCUUUUGGAAUUCAAUUCAUGGUAGUGUUUAUAUGUCAAAACGUUUACCAAAUCCCAAAACACAAGAUUUUCAAUUAAAAUUUCUUUCAUUAGAUAUUUUUCUUAAAUCAAAAGGUAUGUGUUUUGUACAAUUAUUUGAAAAAUCUUCACUUGAAUAUUUAACAACAAAUUAUAAAAAUCAAUUUGGUCGACAAUUUGUUAUUGGUGAUAGUACAAGACGAUGUGGUUUUAUUAAUAAUGAAAUACCAUAUAUUCGUAUUGGUAAAGAUGAAACUUGUUAUCGAUAUUUGAUACCAACUGAAACAAAAUCAUCUCAUUUAAUGACACAUGAUGAACGUUUAUUUAUUAAUUGUAUGCUUUUAUAUCAUGAUCAUUGGGAUAUGAUUUUAAUAAAAGAACAACGUUGGUAUUUAGAAGAAAUUGAUAUUGAUAUUCAAAGUUCAAUUAUGAAUUUAUUUGAUCAAGAAUAUUAUGAAAGACAACAAAGAAAAUUAUUUGUUCACUGUUAA